CCCCUCCGUUUUUACGCUCCGCUGCGCCGUCGUGUUGCAUGCGACGCGAGCCGGUGGUGACCGGUGCCGUGCAGGGCUGCUGGACACCUGUUUGUCACAGGCAACAAGCGUACAAAGGAUCUCGGUCUCUCUCUGUCUCUCUAUCUGCACAGCAGAAAUGGCAAGCACGGUAAAAGGAGUGAGGAGUGUGCUGCACUGCUAGGCUCUUGCUCUGGGAGUACAAAGGCAGUGAAGCAAGCAACGGUUACUAGCUGGGUUGCUGCGGCGUUGGGUUGGGAGUGAGAGGAAGAAGAGCUGGUGUGGUGCGUGAUCAGCGGCCGCCGGAGCUGAGCGGCGAUGGGCUGCUGCCAGUCGCGGCUGGAGCGGCUGGAGGCGGUGUCGCGGUGCAAGGCGCGGAGGCGCUACACGAAGCAGCUGGUGCAGGCGCGGCGGGACAUGGCGGCCGCGCACGCGCUCUACCUGCGCGCGCUCCGGGCCACGGGCGCCUCCAUGCUGCACUUUGCCAGCGCCGAGGCCGACCACCCGCAUCUCCAUUCCUCCGCCCACCACCACCCGCCGCCCUCCCCGCCGCCGCCUCCGACGCUGCCUCCGCCUCUCCCGCCGCCGCCGCCGCUCAGCCCCACCCCGACCACAAGGUCCUGGACGAUCAACUCCUCCUUGACCUCCGCGUCCGCGAUCUUGCCCCCUCCGCCGCCGCCUCCAAUGCCGUCGAGCUGGGACUUCUGGGACCCCUUCGCGCCCUCCUCCUCCCGCUCCCCCACCGAGGAUGCCGACUGGGACGACGCCGCCGCCACCGUCGUCGAAGCCCCCAACGCCGCGCCGCCCGUGGUCACAGCCGCCGCCGCGGUGGCCGCGCCCCUGUCCAUCGUCACCGCCACCACCACCUCCACCACCCCCAGUGAGCUCACCGUCGUCGCGGUGCCCCGCGGCGGUGCCGGGAAGAAGGACCUCGCCGAGAUCGCCACCGAGCUGGACGAGUACUUCCUCAAGGCGGCCGACGCCGGGGCCCGCGUCGCCGCGUUGCUCGAGGCCCCCAUCUGCGAGCCCCCCGAGACCACAAACCACAGCCUCCCAGGGAAGGUGCUGAGUUACAGCAAGAGCUUGAAGCCCACGGGAUGGUCGUGGAGCGGCGGCGGCGGAGGGUAUGGAAAAGGUAGCAAUGGGUUCUCAAGGUUUGGUAGAGGAGACGAAGGGAUGGCCAUGGGCAAUGGCGGAGGCGGUGGGAUGCUUAGCCAUUCAUCCACCGUGGAGAAGCUCUAUGCCUGGGAGAAGAAGCUGUUUCUUGAGGUCAAGAGUUACGAGGGGUAUAAGCAUGAGCAUGAUAGGAAGGUGAGUCUGCUGAGGAAGCAGGAGGUGAAGGGUGUGGACUACUUGAAGAUGGAGAAGAACAGGAUGGAGAUUGAGAGCUUGGAGUCCAAGAUGCUAGUUGCCACCCAGUCCAUCGAGACCACCACUUCUGAGAUAAUCAGGCUGAGAGAAUCCGAGCUAUUUCCUCAGCUUCUUGAGCUGGUUGCUGGCUUGAUGAGCAUGUGGAGGGGCAUGUAUGAGUGUCAUCAAGUUCAGACCCACAUCGUGCAGCAGCUCGAGUACCUCAAUAAUGCUCUGAGUACUAACCCAACUUCCAAUGUCCACCGGCAAGCAGCUCUCCAACUUGAGAUAGAGGUCGACAGGUGGUAUUCAGCCUUCUGCAGUCUGGUCAAGUCCCAGAGAGAUUAUGUCUACUCCCUGACCGGCUGGCUUCGCCUAUCGCUCUUCUGCCACCACGACCCGCUGACCAAAGCUCAUCAGAACUCUGAUAUUUACAGCUUGUGUGAGGAAUGGCAGCUAGCCAUUGAUCGAAUCCCUGACAAGGUGGCCUCAGAAGGGAUCAAAACUCUCCUGACAGUGAUCCACGCUGUUGUCAUUCAACAAGCUGAGGAACAAAAGCAAAAGAAGAGGUCUGAGUCUGCAUUCAAGGAAUUCGAGAAGAAGACAGAGGAACUGAGAUCCCUAGAGGCAAAAUAUGAGCUGUAUUUUGGUGCUGAAGGUGACCCCGAAUUAUUGCGGAAAUCACCGGUAGCUGACAAGCGGGCAAAGGUGGAGGCUCUGAGGAGCCGCGCAGAUGAGGAGAAGAGCAAGUAUGAGAAGAGCGUUGGGGUCACAAGAGCAAUGACCUUGAAUAAUCUGCAGACAGGCUUCCCUAAUGUUUUCCAGGCGAUGACAGGCUUCGCCAGCGUCUGCAUGGAGGCGUUUGAGUCGGUGUACAACUUCAAGAGCAGCUCAGACCGGAUCCUUGACAUGAAGAGGCUCCUGACCUGAAGCAAUAUUGCCUCCAGUUGGUACUUCGUAGGCCACUGCAUAAAAUGUAUACAGUUCUAGACUUCUAGUACAAUAGUAGAGUGGAAGAGAGGUCAACUUACAAAAUUUAUGUGGGUGGUAUCAGGUUCUAAUGGCACUAUAGUAGGCGCAAAAAUGCCGUUGAGUUCAUUUACUUGCUGUGAAUGAACUUUAAGGCCUCGUUCUUUCUUUUUUGGUAGCGAUGUGGUGUUGGUCGGUUGUAGGAAUCGAAUCGAAGCAGGUUCGAAAAGCUCUGGUUUUUUAAUCAGAACGUUUACUGGUUAUGUCAACUGUCAAGAGACUUGGAUGGUGACCGAUAACAGCUGUUUCUGUGUAAUUCAGAAAUAGGCCGUCUCCGUCGUGAUUGUGGCUCCCCCCGUGCAAUUCAGAUUAUGAUCAGUGAAUUCGAAUUAGCCAUUGCAACUUUGCAAAUUCAACGUUAGAAUUCAAGCAUUUUAAGCAACUAUGUAAGAACGGGGUAAGAU